AUGUCUGCUGAAAGUAAUCAGUCAUCAGGAGAGUCAUCACUUCACCCUCCCACCCCUUCCCAACAAUCCACGCAGACCUUCUCUUCCGAGGAAGAGGAUGCUAAGGCAGAAGCGGAGAAUUCAAAGGAAGACUUUUCAUUUUAUGAAGAGGAAGAGUAUCUGGAAGAGAAUGAGGAUCAGGGGGAGGAACAGUCCCUAGAGGAAGAUGAGUAUCUGGAGGAGGAAACAUCUGUGGGGGAAGAUGAGUAUCUGGAGGAGGAACAGUCUCUAGAGGAAGAUGAGCAUCUGGAGGAGGAACAGUCUCUAGAGGAAGAUGAGCAUCUGGAGGAGGAACAGUCUCUAGAGGAAGAUGAGCAUCUGGAGGAGGAACAGUCUCUAGAGGAAGAUGAGCAUCUGGAGGAGGAACAGUCUCUAGAGGAAGAUGACUAUCUGGAGGAGCAAACGUAUCUGAAAGGAAAAGAGUAUCUGCAUGAACAGGAAUCUCUGAGAGAGAGAAAUUAUCUACAGAAGGAAAAGGAUCUGAAAGAAAAGAAGGAUUUAUUUGAAGAAGAAUAUCUGGAAAGGGUAGAAUUCAAGGUGUCUUAUUCAUCGCAAACCUCGCCUGGUCUUAAUGCAAGAAGCCCAGUUGCUGGCGUCUCUCAGGUGACCACCCUCUUCGCUCACCCUCCUCCCAUCUUUGAACCUGACGGCAAGUCUCUCUACUCGGACAUGAAGCCUUCUAUACCCUUCAUGAGGGGUGGAGAAUCUCUGUCCUGGCGAGACCAGGGCACACAGACGGAUUGCACCUAUGAGAACAAGGUGGAGCGAAUAUACAACCGAAAGGCUUCUCUGAGAAUGAAUGGUUACGAGGAAGUGACAGAAGUGUGCCGGUGGAAACCAGGAAAUGUGGAGCUCCGGGAAGGAGAAGAGCUCACACCUGCUCACGAGGAGGACAGGACAGCGACCCCGGAAGCAAAGCCAGCCUCUGCAGCUGGAGUGCAGAACACCAAGGAUUCCCCAGUGGUGCAGAUGUGGAAAAGCACCUACUUUCAGCCCAUGGCAGAAGCCACCCAUCCAUUUGCUGGAGAAACACAGUCAAGACAAAAGCAAUCCAAAGAGCUGGUGGUUUGGGGCCAAGGGCCAGCAGGAGCAAGCAGAGCACCUGUAGAAUUGAAACUACAAAAAAAUCAAGAAGACUCAACAACAAUACUAGCCCCUUUAAAGGUGGAUUCAGAAGUCACAAAGUCUGUCUCUCAGGAGAACUUUUCGGAUGGCAUAUUAAAUGAGCCCACUGACACCCUGGAAGUCAAGGACUUUGAUGAAAAUCUUUUAAAGAGCUCCUACGAGUCCGUAUUCAGGACCAUGGUCAAAGAAAUGGCUGCUGAAAAUGAACUGGAAGAGGAUAUUGACAUUCCCCUGACCGGCCACCUGGAGAGUGAAACCAGGAGGAAGCUGGGAAUUCUGUUGAAGAGAGAUUUUGAAAACUACAAGGAAACAUUCCAGUGGAUUCUGAAGAAGCGUGAAAACUUAUUCAGCUUCAAAACUGCAGAGACGGUUACUUACUCAUUUCAUUUUUGGAGCCAAUCACCACAAAUUGAGGAGCCUGAGACAGAAGUCGAAAAACCUCGCAUGGUCAGUCCCAAGAGGAAGGCCCUGGAAAUAGACACGGAGUGGGUGAAGAGCGACACUGAGGUGCAUCAAGAUGAUGUAAAAUUAAUUCUCUACCCCAAUGAGAGUAUCUUCCGAAUUCUGUUUCCUGAUGGAUCAGGCCAGAUCCAUUACCCGUCAGGAAACCUGGCUAUGCUCAUCCUCCGCACGAAAGAGAACAAGUUCACAUACAUCAUUCUGGACGACACCGAGGACGAUGAAGAGACAUGUGUGCGGGCCCUUAUCAACAACGCUGGCCAUGCCACCUUCUAUGACGAGAACAGAGAAAUCUGGUUGAGCCUGAGCCAAAACCUGGGCUACUACUUUGCCAAAGGCAAGCCGCAGAAGGCCUGGAACUGGUGGGACCUGGGUCUCCACGUGCACGCGCCCCCCGUGCAGCCCGUCUCCCUGGACAUCAACCAGCACAUCAGGGUGCAGGUGCGGAGCCAAGAUCAGGUCAUCUUCUGCUUCAUCCACCCGUCAAAGCACAUUUGCUUGAACAUGGGCACCAAGUACAAGUUCAUACUCCCGGAGACGCUGAAUGAAAUGAAGAACAAAGCAGUCCUGGAGGUGGAAAUCAGUUCAACGGCCCAGAAGAUGCAGAACCUUUUGGUGAAAAUGAGUAAGAUCCUGAAUUUCCUGACCAUCUGCGAUUUGGAAAGGUUCUUGGAGGACACCAGUAUCUUGCUGAUGGGUGACGCGGGGAAAAGUGUUGGGUCCCAGAUGAGGGUGCUCAAAGCAUCAUCCCAGGGCUUCGCCAGGACCUACUGA